AUGCGCUGUGGAAAGAUGAAGUCAGAGUUUGAAGAAAAAUUAAAAAGGAAACAUUCGUUCGACUAUCGAGUCCGAUCCAUUGCUAUCAGUGCUCGGAUAUCGACGAUUCGUGUACCGACCAAGUAUGCCAGGGAAGUUACUGUGUUAAAAUCGAGGUAUCAAGGAAAACUGAUAGAGAAGCUUUGCGACAACCUACUACCACCGUCUAGAAGCUGCAAGGAAUCGAAUGUAUUCGCCAAACACUGUCCCCAAGACGAAUGCGAAGGACAAUUUUGCCUAAAAGUCGUGUCGCAGAGCAGCCAGGGCGAAAGGGUAACAAAAAUGUGCAACACGUACCUGGAGUCGACCGCCGGCUGUGGCAAACUCGGUAAAGAUUCGGGGAUCUGCCACUUCUGCUAUACCGACUACUGCAACGGAUAUCGUAGCAUCCCUUUUUCAUUCUUACUAGUCAUCGUCGUCGUUGUCACCUCAUUCUUAUCACAUCAAUCAUUCAACUUGCAUAUAAUCUGA